UAAUAUUAAAUCGCCCAUUCCCCAUUCUCAUAGAGGGCCAAUUUAUCUGACAGUUUAUUUAGUGCCUGGCCUACAUAUGCGCGUGUAUUCCUCGACGACAUAUGUAUAUACGAUUUUUGAAAACUUUUCACGGUCUCCUGCCCCGUUUCCGAUUCACCCUUGUUGCCACCAUCCUUGGCGAUUGCCGCUUCGGCUCGUGACGAACCUAAAAAGGCGAACGGGACAGGACAGGACAGCACGGAACAGGGAGCUGAGAGUUGUCCUUUUAUAACUGUAUAGGAUUCGCAGUUGGCUUUUUGCUUCGGUUCGGUUAGGACGUGUUAUUCGGAUGCGGAUGCGGAUGCGGUGGCAAGUAGAUUGCCAUUGCCAGUGCCAGUUUAAAAGGCGGCAAGUUCCCAGGACCAGGACUAGCUUUCAUUUUUGCGUGUUUGUUUUUUCAUUUUUUUGCAAUUACACCGCGUAGACGUAAUUGAAGAGGUGUAAACUCUCGGUUUAGCAGUGUCGUGCCAGUUCGAUAAUUCGAAGGUUUCCGCUUUAAACAAAGCCCUUAAUUAUUUAAACUGGCACAGAUUCGUAGCGACGACGGCGAAGGCGAAGGCGAAGGCGUGUGUUUUCGGGCUACUUGAAAUUUUGGUAUCACCAGAUUUGAGGAAAUCGUGGCUGGUAUUUAUAUUCCUCCGCUGCAUAUGCGUGACAAGCAAACUCCAUUAGCCUUUGCCCCUGAAUGUCAGAAAAUGCAAUGAAUUUUUGAUGUUCCGCAGUCGGUAGUCGGUGAGGUCCUUUAAAAUCGCUUGACUAAUGGCAGCGUCUGGCUCGUCAGUUGUUCCGGUUCUCAACACCUGUCAGAGUCAAGGCCCCCACAACCAAUUGGGAAUGUGAAUUUCGGGAAACGGAAAUAGUCCACACAGACCGAGAGGCGGAUAGACGGAAAGCAGGAAAGACGGAAGAACGGAGGCCAUGAAACCCCCCACCAAGUCAGAGGUUAAGCGCCUUACAUAACCGCACCAAGAUUCGAGAUUAGGGAAAGCGGUUAGCAGCCCACAUGUGCCUUUCGAGUGCCUCCAGACAUUGAAUCCUGACCAAGCAGUGCCUUAGCUAAGAUGUCGGGGAACUACCAGCGCCAGAGUCUGGAGCUUCGCAGUCCGGACAACGGAUCCGGUUCGGUGGAUGAUGCCGAUGGCCGCGACCGCAACUUGUUGGGCUCCACGGCCAGCCAGCGGCGACGCCAGCAACGUGUGGCCCAGCAGCGCCAGGACUCGUGGUUCCGGCACUCCAUGCCGCCAGCCAUCAACCGGGACUUCGAGUCACUGGAACACUUGACACCCCGGGUCUCCGACGGCCUCGACGAGCAGCUGGCGGCCUCCGUGUCCCACAGUGUCCACAGCGGCGGCAGCGUAACACUCUGCGGACGAACCGCGGAUCACUCCAGCAUCCACCUGAACAGUGCCAACAGCAACCUGGGCUUCAUCGACUCGGACACCCCGAACACGCCAGUGACCCCCGUUUCGGGGCUUCAGCCCGCCCCGGCCUCGGUGUCCACAUCGGCGGCUGGCACUCUGUCCUCGCGACGUCGCUCCGGCUACCGCAAGGACUCCAAAGGAUCCAUCCUGUCGCGUCAGAGCGGAAGGAGUCGCGUUUCCGUGCUGGCGAAUCGCGGCCUGCGAAUGACCGCCUCAUUCUUGCGGAGGAAGCGCACGGAGUAUGAAGAUGAUGAGGACUUUACCUCCUCGGCCGGCUACGAUCCGGACGAUGGACAGAAACGUGUCAUAAAUCUAAAUGCGCCGCAGACCACCAAGUACUGCAAUAAUCGCAUAACGACGGCCAAAUAUAGUUUCAUUAGCUUUCUGCCCGCGUUCCUAUUCGAGCAGUUCCGGCGGUACUCCAACUGCUUUUUCCUGCUAAUUGCCAUGUUGCAGCAAAUUCCGGAAGUAUCGCCCACGGGACGCUACACCACCCUGGUGCCAUUGAUGUUCAUCCUCUCGGUGAGCGCCAUUAAGGAGAUAAUCGAGGAUAUUAAACGCCAUCGGGCGGAUAAUGAGAUCAAUCAUCGAAGCAUCGAACGGCUGGACAGUGGCGCCUGGAUCACAGUCCGAUGGUCGGAGCUCACUGUGGGCGAUAUCAUCAAAGUCACCAUCAACACAUUCUUUCCCGCCGAUCUGAUAUUGCUCUCCUCCAGUGAACCGCAAGCCAUGUGCUUCAUUGAAACGGCCAACUUGGAUGGUGAAACGAAUCUGAAGAUCCGGCAGGGCGUCACAGCUACCGCUGGCCUGCUGGAGACCAAGGACCUGCUGCGUCUGGAGGGCAAAGUCGAGUGUGAGCUGCCCAACCGGCACUUGUACGAGUUUAAUGGAGUGCUGAAGGAAACAGGGAAGCCAACCGUGGCCUUGGGCAAUGAUCAGGUGCUCCAGCGUGGUGCUAUGCUGCGGAACACGGCGUGGAUAUUCGGAGUGGUGGUCUACUCCGGCCAGGAGACCAAGCUGAUGAAGAACUCUACCUCGGCACCACUGAAACGCUCCACCGUGGACAAGCUGACCAAUACCCAAAUCCUGAUGCUCUUCAUGAUCCUCAUCUCGCUGUGCAUCACCAGCGGUCUGUGUAAUCUCUUCUGGACGCGGGAGCACUCCGAUACGGAUUGGUAUUUGGGCUUGAAUGACUUCAAGAGCAUGAGCCUGGGCUACAACCUGCUGACCUUCUUCAUCCUGUACAACAAUCUGAUACCCAUCUCGCUGCAGGUGACCCUCGAGCUGGUCCGCUUCCUGCAGGCGAUCUUCAUCAAUUAUGACAUAGAAAUGUAUCACCAGGAGUCCAACACGCCGGCCAUGGCCAGGACCUCGAAUCUCAACGAGGAACUGGGCAUGGUCAAGUACAUAUUCUCGGACAAAACAGGCACCCUCACCCAGAACGUGAUGGAGUUCAAGAAGUGCUCCAUUGCGGGCCAUAGCUAUGUGCCGAAACGCACUCCGGAGGAGUCACUGGUGGUGCAGAACAUUCUGAGUCGGCACCCGACCGCCGCUGUGAUUGAGGAGUUCCUGGUACUUCUAUCCGUUUGCCAUACGGUGAUACCCGAGAGGAAGGACGAUGGCUCCAUCAUCUAUCAUGCUGCCAGUCCGGACGAACGGGCCCUGGUCGAGGGUGCCCAGAAGUUUGGCUACAUCUUUGACACCCGCACCCCGGAGUAUGUGGAGAUCAAUGCCCUGGGCGAGCGCAAGCGUUAUGAAGUCCUGAAUGUCCUGGAGUUCACCUCGACGCGGAAACGUAUGUCCUUGAUUGUCCGCACCCCGGACAACAAGAUCAAGCUCUUCUGCAAGGGCGCCGAUACGGUGAUCUACGAACGACUGGCUCCACAGGGUCAAGCUUUCAGGGAUAAGACGCUCCGCCACCUCGAGGAGUUUGCAUCUGACGGCCUGAGGACACUCUGUCUGGCGGUGACCGAAAUCCGACCGGAUGUCUACGAGGAGUGGCGUCAGACUUUCCACAAGGCCUCCACAGCACUGCAGAAUCGAGAAAGCAAACUGGAGGAUGCGGCCAAUCUGAUUGAGAACAAUCUGCGCCUCCUGGGAGCCACUGCCAUUGAGGAUCGGCUGCAGGAUGGCGUGCCGGAAACCAUCGCUUCUCUGCUGGACGCCGGCAUCUUUAUCUGGGUGCUCACGGGAGAUAAACAGGAGACGGCCAUUAACAUUGGCUACUCCUGUCGCCUGAUAUCGCACUCCAUGGACAUAAUAAUCCUCAAUGAGGAGAGUCUGGACGCCACUCGCGAUGUCAUCCAGCGGCACUAUGGCGAGUUCAAGAGCUCCAUGGCCAAGGACGCCAACGUGGCGCUGGUGAUUGACGGCACCACCCUGAAGUAUGCCCUGAGCUGCGAUCUGCGCAAUGAUUUUCAGGAACUCUGCCUGCUCUGCCGCGUGGUUAUCUGCUGCCGGGUCUCGCCCAUGCAAAAGGCCGAGGUGGUUGAGAUGGUGACCCUCAACACAAAAGCUGUUACCUUGGCCAUUGGUGAUGGAGCGAAUGAUGUGGCCAUGAUCCAGAAGGCCAGUGUGGGCAUUGGAAUCUCCGGCGUAGAGGGUCUCCAGGCGGCCUGCGCCUCGGAUUACUCGAUAGCCCAGUUCAGGUAUCUGCAACGGCUGCUGUUGGUGCAUGGAGCCUGGAAUUAUGCCAGGAUCUCCAAGCUGAUCCUGUACAGCUUCUACAAGAACGUGUGUCUGUAUGUCAUUGAGCUCUGGUUCGCCGUCUAUUCCGGCUGGUCGGGCCAGAUCCUCUUCGAGCGCUGGACCAUUGGCCUGUACAAUGUCCUCUUCACGGCUAUGCCCCCAUUUGCCAUGGGUCUCUUCGAGAAGUUCUGCACGGCGGAUACUAUGCUGCGGUAUCCACUGCUCUACAAGACGUCCCAGAAAGCGAAACUCUUCAAUGUGAAGGUUUUCUGGAUCUGGAUCUUCAACGCCCUGCUGCAUUCGGUGUUCCUCUUCUGGCUGCCACUGGUGGCCUUUACGGGAGAAGUAAUCUGGAGCGAUGGGCUGACCAGUGACUAUCUAAUGAUGGGAAAUCUGGUGUACACGUACGUUAUUGUAACAGUUUGCUUGAAGGCUGGACUCAUCACCAACUCCUGGACCUGGCUAACGCACUUGGCCAUUUGGGGCUCCAUAGUGAUGUGGUUUGUGUUCCUGGUGAUUUAUAGCCAUGUAUGGCCCACAUUUAACCUGGCCAGCAACUUCCGCGGGAUGGAUAUUCAGCUGCUUUCGACGCCAGUCUUUUAUUUCGGACUCUUUCUGGUGCCCAUUACCACACUCCUGGUGGAUGUGAUAUGCAAACUGAUACACAACACCGUGUUCAAGACUCUGACGGAGGCUGUUCGGGAAACGGAGAUCCGACGCAGCGACGUCUCAGAAGUGAUGGCCGAGCCGCGAUCUUCAGAGUCGAACUUUGGACGAAACUUCAGCAAGCUAGUACGUUCCAGUGAGGUCCUGCUAUCUUAUCGGAAACUUCGCCGCUCAAAGCAACGACCCACCAACGAUCGCGAACUCAAAGGACCCGCUCCCCGUCUGAUAGGCAACGAGACGAGGCUGCGGGUGGUUAACCUGGAGAUGGAGGUGGACACCGAGGAAGCCCAGCGGGACAGGCAGCGGCAGUUGUGGCGGGGUGGACGCCCGUCAUCGCCAAGCAGGAACCAAAGCUCCCCCUCAGGUAGUUCGCCAUUCACCGGCACUCUGCACAUGUGAGCCGGCAAAGAAAUCACCCGAAGAAGGCAAAUCAAAUGGAAUUAUUAUUUGAAUAGUGUAAUUUCGUAUCUGAUAAGUGUGAUGAGUGUGUAUGCAUUGUAAAGUAUUGUAAUCUGCAUUCCGACACGGGACUAUUUCCCGAUCCGCAUCCCAGAGUACCUCCUAAGAAAAGUCGAAUUCAUAUCGUAAAAAAACCGAAUCAUAAAACUCCAUGAGUAUAUGCGGAGCCCUGUCUCUAGGUAGUUAGUAUGUGCUAAUCAAAACUAUUUUGCCAACUGUGAUAGUGUCUAAGGAGUAGUUAGCCAGAUAUAUAUAGACACAUAUAUACCUAUAUAUAUGUAUAUGUAUGGUAGGAUAGGCCAAUAAUCAGGGAAUGGCUUUUUUGUGAGUGCCAUGUGUACAUGACAUCAUUCCCACAAAUUAUUAUAAUCGUAUGUACCUAUAUGUUCUUAGCUAUAUCUCUUUUCUAUGGCUGGAUGUAUAAUAUUGUUUAGACUUUUGAAUAAGAGACUUGCCAAGGUUGUACAAAAAAGCGAAAAAGUUAACGAGAACUCUUCAGAGUGUGUCACCCCCACGAAUCUGUUCCGUUCUGUUCGUUUCUACUAAAAAAAAAAAAUCAACCAAAAAUUGCAAAAUGAUUAACCAACCGAACUAUGCAUAAUCAUCCCAACGUUAACGUUUAUGGAAUGUGAUGGUACUAUCCCUACCCAGCCCCCUCCAGUCGAUACGUAUGUAUCUGUUUUGAAUAUAUGUAUCUAUUUGUGUAAACCCGCACCGUCCUCCACAGCCCGCAUGCAAUCUUAUCCGGCCAUGAAUGAAAUAUAUAUUAAUACUAACUGAAUGGCUGCUAAUUUGGUUCGAUCUGAUCAGCGACUGAUCCGAUCUGCUCUCUGCACUUGUACUUACUUUUAUAAUUUAUUUCUGUAUUACUCGACACCUCAAACUCAAAUGCGACUUAACCGAUCACACCACACACCAACCCACACACCAAAAACCAAACACCCAAAUACAAUAUCUAAUCAAUAUAUUAAUUUAAUAAAAAGUCAAAGAGUCAACAGCAAAA